AAAUACAGGCGGUGUUUAUUGGGGCGCACAUAGUAAGUAUGAAGUAAGCGCUAAUCGGCCGAACUGCUCAGCUGGGAGCUAUUUAUACCACGUGACUGGAGCGCCGUUCCUCUCGCAGUAGCAGCCAUCAUUUUACUCAAUGCAGAGUCGACCCUGAAAACGGAGUCGAGGGGGAUUAAACGAGGAGUCAUGGAUUAACACGAGAAUAAACGGGAAAGCAAUCAUAUGAAAGCGUUUUCGUUAUUUUUACAGCUUUUUAAACCUGACAGGUGCUGAGUCAGGGGGUGUUUGCCUUAGGACAAGCUCUGGGUGGGUUCGACUGAUUGUACUGUAGAUCCCCUCCCCCUCCCCCCACCAUUACUUGGCCUGUACUGCCCACGACUGGAUUUGUACUAGUGAUACUCUGCAGUAAGGGUUGCCUUUCAUUGUGUUCUGUUGCCCUUUAAGGGGGGAGGGCAGGUGAGGCCUUUAAGGCCACCCUGAGCAUGGGCCAGAAGGUUCCUGGAGGAAUACGGACUGUGGACAUGCGGGACCCGGCAUAUCGGCCCCUGAAGCUGGAGCUGCAAGCCCUGGACUAUGCAAAACCGGCCCGCCUGGACCUGCUGCUGGAUAUGCCCCCUGCUGGUCCAGAGGUGCAAGUGCAACACUCCUGGAACAAUGACGACCGUUCACUCAAUGUUUUCGUCAAGGAGGAUAAUAAGCUAGUUUUUCACCGACACCCUGUGGCCCAAAGCACGGAUGGCAUCCGUGGCCGGGUGGGCUACACUCGUGGGCUGCACGUGUGGGAAAUCACCUGGGCAAUGCGCCAACGAGGCACCCAUGCUGUGGUGGGAGUGGCAACAAGUGAAGCCCCCCUCCACUCAGUGGGCUACACUGCCCUGGUGGGUAAUAACCAUGAAUCCUGGGGCUGGGACCUAGGUCGGAACAAACUGUACCAUGAUUGCAAGAACCAACCAAGUAGAACCUACCCAGCCUUCUUGGAGCCGGAUGAGACCUUUAUUGUGCCAGACUCAUUUCUAGUAGUCUUGGAUAUGGAUGAGGGGACACUGAGCUUUGUUGUGGAUGGACAGUACUUGGGGGUCGCAUUCAGGGGACUCAAGGGCCGGAAGCUUUACCCUGUAGUCAGUGCAGUGUGGGGGCACUGUGAAAUCCGCAUCCGCUACGUCAAUGGACUGGACCCGGAACCCUUGCCCUUGAUGGACCUGUGUCGGCGUUCUGUGCGUCUGGCACUGGGGAGGGAGCGGCUGGGUGAAAUUCACAGCCUACCCUUGCCAGCUUCCCUCAAAGACUACCUGCUUUACCAGUGACAGUCCUUUUAUACCCCAGUCUAGGAUGCAAUACCUGUUUCACUGAGAAGAACUUUCCUCCAGGGACCAAUGAGAGCCCCAUCUGCAAGGAGCAACUACUCUGCUAUAGAGGCACCUCUGUCCUUACCUGGGGAAGGAUCAUCCUUCUUACAGAGAACCUUGGACACAAUCACCUCUGUUCAGAUCUGGCAUCUGGUUUUUCUAACCUUUGCUGUUUUUAUUAUCACCUUAGCCACCCUUAUUUUGGGUGUUUUUACAGUUUUUCUUAUUUCACUCCCUUAUGUUUGUGGAAAUAAGCAUUGCUUCAGUCAUACUGGAAAUAUUUAUAGAUAUGAAGCACUGAUUCAGGGUCUCUGACUAGAUUGAACGAGUCUCGCCUUGCCUUCAUAAAAUUCUAGCAUCGCUUGGGAAUGUUUUUGUUUGCAAACCAUAGUUCUGGUUUUAACAGAACUAUUUUUGGUCCUUCAAAUGUCUCACCAUUUUAGCAUUUGGAAAAACAAUGGUCUUACUAACUUUCAACAAUUCACAGUUGAUCAGUACUAAAAUGCAACUGCUGGUCUAGUCACAUUUUCUGUCCGGAGUUUCAGAUCCUGCCCAAAAGGUCAUUAGACAGUGUGUCAUCAGACCCCUAACGACAGUGUGAAGUAAGACUUUUUCUCCAAACAGUUAUGGAAGACUGAUAGCAGGCGGAAAAAAGUAACGGUAUUUGCGGUGGAUUUCACUUCUGUUAUGGGUGCUACACGGUUCACAUGCGUCCCCCAGAACCAGCUGCCCUCCAUCAUUGCUGCAAUAUCUGAAGUGCCUGUUUGUGUAAUACUGCUUGGUUUUUAAAGGUUUUUUUUUUUUUUAUGAAAUCACUGUGAUUGUAUUACCACACCCAACAAAUUACCGAAAUCUAAUGCUUUCCCCCCCCCCUCUCCCUAAUUGUGCCUACGUUGGUCUGUGAAUGCUUCAUGAGGAAUGGGCCUUGAUGUUUAAGCUUGCAAUCCUGAAAAUAGACUUGUAGAUAAAUGUUCCUAAUUGUAAAACUCAAGACUGUGGGAAUUGCAAGGACAUUCAUAUUAUUAUUAUUAUUAUUAUUAUUAUUAUUAUUAUUAUUAUUUUUAACUUUUUAGAUGUGUGGAGAGCCUUGCACUCCGCUGGCAUUGGCCCAUGGUACCUGUCACCCUUCCUGCUCAGGCCUGCACUUGUUUGUAUUCAGUGCUGUAGAUCAUGUUGGUAACUACCUAAUAAAGUUUAUAAAUUAAAUUUGUUGUCCCUUAUGCAUAUUAAGUUUUGUUUUGGUUCAACAGUCUGUUGGGUCAGAAGCAUCUGAGCUGCUGUUAAAAGCCCCAAGCAAAGCCGUGCUUGGCCCAUGCUUGGCCCGUGCUUGGCCCUGCCCUGCUACUCUGCGUGCGGUUUCGUGUGCAGCAGGAGUCUCGUUGUUGUGCAUUCCGUCUAGCGACGCGGUAAGCUGCACUGCUUCCUCUGCCAGACGACUCACUGUGCCGGCCUGCACCAGCUGCACAGUGAUGCCGUCCUUUUCGCAGAACUGCGCUGUGUCCUUUCUGCACACCUCUCCUCGAGGCUGUGCAGCUCUAUCACCUUCCUGGGUUGAGGGGGGAGGUACAACUAUAUACUGUUUCUGUAACUAGCUUGGAGUCUGUUUCUUAGUUAUGUCUGAUCUAUGUGGCCUUCAUAACACUCCACAAAGGAGAUGAGCUUAAGCCCUGCUCUCUAGGCUUUGGUGAGUGACUCACUUGCAGCUUCUGUUCAAUACGAUUCUGUAAUUUUGUUAUAAUAUAUGAGCAAGAAACAUUUUCAGCCUGUGUGUUAAGCUUCUUGUUAACAAUAACUACGUGUGCUUUUACGGCUUUUUCUGUGUAGAAUUUGUGCCAUUGGUAGCUAUGUUCCCCGCGCUGCACCCUAUGCCCUAGCCUGACACAGACCUCCCCAGAAAUUGUAACUACAGGUGACAGAGUUUGGCACAGAAGUAAUAAUCAGCCUUAAGGAACCUGUGGGAUCUUCCCUUGGCUGGUGUAGGUUCUAGGUAGGUUCACAUGUCUGUGGUGAAUGUUUUACCAUUUUGUUCUGGAUCAUUUUAAUCAGACUUGUGCCUGCAGGUUGCAUUUUAAGAUUGCUUAUUACAUUCUUAGUUUAUAGUAAUUUUGAAUCAGUGGUAGGGUUUUGAUUUGCAUAUGAGGUCAAGCUGUGUGGUGACAAGGCCACUGGCCACGUAAGCAUAUCUUUGUUUGAUUACCUUGCAGUUUUAAUUGAUACUUAAAUUACUUUUGUCAAAUAUAGCACUGGUUUAACCCCCAUGCCCAAUGUAACAGAGGAUUUAAUUAUUUGUGUAGUUUUUGGUCAUUUUUGCAAGAUGUCUGCUUUCUCAGAGGCUUAAAUUCAGCUUAAAUUCAGCUUAAAUUCAGCCUAGUCCCCCAAGACCAGGAAAAGUUGCUUUUCAAUGUUCUCCCAGCACCAUGCUGACUUGCUUAUUUAUGUUUGUCAUACCAAAGCAAAGCAUUAUGUAAUAGCUUGACAAAAUGUAACAAAUUUCCAUCACAUGAUGUGAUGUUAUUACCUAAUGUGUUAUUUACCAUGCAGCAAAGCAUCAUGUAAAAACUCAACAAGAUGUUAUUUAUAUGUAUAUAACAUCCUGUUGAGUUUUGUGAGUGUAUAAUAUAGCUACAUUACGCUAUUACCAAUGUCAUCGUUAUCAGUUUGUUACAUUUUGUCGCUUUAUUACGUAAUGUGGCAUUGUGUAAUAUGCAUUGCUACACACCUCUAUGGGAAUCUCUGUGAUUAUUCUCAAGGUGGCAGAGAAUGGUACUGUGGUCAGCCUUCAGUAGGUCCCCCGCCCUUUAUUAAGUCAUCCAGAGUGUGAUAAGGGUGAUAUUUUUGUACUCUGGGCUGCUUCCUGAACAAGUAGCCGUGGAGCUGUUUGCACACUGAUUUGUAACUCCAUGGUGAGGUGACUUUCUAAUGUGCAGGACGACAGGACAGUAAUGUGUUUGUGGAAUUGAAACUGCAUGCAUGACUGAUUUUCCUGAUAAUGAAUGUCUGUUGGAUUAUUUCUAUUAUAUGAAUAAAAACUUUUAGCAAAUGA